ACACUCCUUUCGACUGGAACAUGUCCAAACAUGUGACCGCCCCUAACCAGAUGUACUACGACAAUGGCGGGAACAGCCAGUGGUGCGGCAAGAACUGCGGAAAAUGUGUCAAACUUACUCCUACUGGUGGAUUCGUUCCUGGCAACGGCAAAGCCCCCAAGCACAGAACCCCCGUAGUCUUCAUGGUGACCAACAGCUGUCCAAUCAACGAGAACAGAGUUUGGUGUGGCCAGAGCGGAAAGCCUGGAACAAACAAAGUCAACGACCACGGCUACGAGGCUCAUUUCGACCUGCAGAACAACAAAGGUCAAGUUCUCAACGGUCUGGGCUGGGACAACGCCGAGGUCACGUGGGAAGAAGUCAGUUGUCCUCAUGACUACGCCAGUCUCUGGAAUCAAUGCGAAUGCCACGGUCACCAUUGAAGUGUUUCGGCACGCACAGGGGAACCCAACCAACAGCACGUCGGAAAUGUCCAGAAAUAGAUAACAGAGGAUGAAAGACGGCCGUACUUUGCUUUUGAAUUUUAUCACGAUUUUCGUAAGAUUUACGAAUUUUCUGCUAGUACAAAUUGACUCGAAUCGCACUUGUCAGUUGAACAAUGGAGUUGCAAAUACAAAAUAAAUAGACCAUAUGCGGUACCAUA